AUGUUCGAGGGCUGCUUCAACUUCGGCGAUGGAUUCUGCGACGACUACAACAACAAUGAACAGUGCGGCUAUGACGGUGGGGACUGCUGCGAGUGUACCUGUGUGGUUAGCACUUUGUGGUCCACUGAGUCCAGCUGCACCGAGUUCGCCUGCAUUGACCCAAGGGCUCCAUGCGCUGACGACGACGACAUUACGGCUGAUGCCGUGGAAAGCUGCAUCAUAGACUAUCUUGGCGACGGAAUUUGCGAUACUUCCAACAACAUCGAGACAUGCGGUUAUGAUAGCGGCGACUGUUGCGAGUGCACGUGUGGAUAUGACUCUACAGAUGUGCUUGAUGGAAGCUGCUCGGAUUUCGCGUGCGUUGACCCAAUGGCGUCAUGUUUCGACGAAAGCAUCACGGUCGACAUGUUCGAGAACUGCGACGCGGAAUUACUUGGCGACGGCUACUGCCAGGAGUCCAACAACAACGAGAUAUGCGACUACGACUUCGGCGACUGCUGCGAGUCCACCUGUGGGGUUGACUUUUCCGAGUCGCUUGACGAGUUUGCUUGCUCAAGUUUCGCGUGUAUCGACCCCCGGUUCGUGACACAAUCACCAACCCCGGCACCCCUCUCCUCGGAGUGCCCAGGAGGCCCCUCGUGCGAAGAAGGUAUGCUAGAAAGUGCGACCAAUCAAGGUUUAAUUGUGGCAGGGAUUGUCACCGCCUUGAACCUAUUCUACCUUACCUGUUGCCGAAAGGAUGCAGGGGCCGAUGAGGUCCAUUGCUACCUGCUCUUGAUGGCUUACGUGUUUGCCGUGGCCGAGGGCAUGUGUGUGAGUUUGGUGGUGCCCAACUCGAAAGAGAAUCUCAAGAUUGGAGCGGUUUUUUUGUUUGGUGCUGUCAGUGCUCUGUCUGCCUUCCUCUUGCGCAAAGCCGGCCGUCACGUCACAGCCGCGAUCGUGAACGCAGGUUUGGAAGGGUUGUUUGCCACCGUCGUGUUGUUGUAUUUCGUGCAACUGUCCACGCGAAACAUUUUCCUGUUCGGGGCUAUAGCUGGAAACGAGGCCCUGGUUGGUUUCGCUAUCGCUGCGCGUGUGGAUAGUAGACCCAACAGCGACGAAAGCUCUUUCGAAACUUACUUCGAAUUUGGUUUGCUUGUUGGGGAGGCAGUGGGCGACGUGAUUUUCCCGUUGGUUGCAACACUGAUUCAGUCUUUGUUUCACCGAGAUAGUGCGUGGAGGUCGGACUUCGUUUUCACGUGGUGGUCGAUUACCGGGUUCGCCCUCACCUCGGCGAUUUGCAUGUGUCUCGUACCCCCCGUGAGUAGAGUUGCCUUCGGCGCAAAACUGGCGUGCCUGACCCAGUUCUUUUUCAGUUCAUCUACGGGUGUCAUGGCCUUUGUGAUUCUUACCUUGACCGAGGUAAACAUCGCAGAUCCUCCGACGUUUGACAUCGUCUAGAGUAGCGUGGUAGGGACGGUUGGUGUGCUAGGUGGGUGCAGUAGCUGGCUAGCCUUCAAAGAUAUUCAAGAUAUUCCUGACGGUCACAGCAUCCAGGCUAGUGCGCCGGAAUUACCCACCCAAUGAGCGAGAUCAUUGAUGUCUAUCCACCCGCGGGAUGGGGAGAGAGCGCAAGACAAUGUACCUCCCGGCGCUUGUUCGUUCUUCUCUAGGUGUCCUUCUUUGAGAGUAUAGGC